AUGUCAAAACCUCGUGUUGCCAUUAUCGGCGCAGGAGCGUCUGGACUUACAAGUAUUAAACAAUGUAUUGCUGAUAAUAUCGAACCGGUGUGUUUUGAAGCAUCCAGUACUACUGCGGGACUUUGGCGUUUUACCGAAGUCACUGAAGAUAAUAAGGAUCCACAUUCCUCAAUCUAUAAGAGUGUGAUCAUCAAUACUAGUAAAGAAAUGUCGACAUUUUCGGAUUUUCCGAUUCCUCCUGAUUGGCCUUAUUAUAUGCAUAACAAAUUUGUCGCGAAGUAUUUUGAUAUGUACGCGGAAAGAUUCCAGCUUAUCCCCCACAUAAAAUUUAAUACUACCGUUUUAAACGCAUCAAUUCUUCCCGAUAAACGUUGGAAAGUUCGAUAUGUAACUAAAGGAGAAGAAGAAACCGAAAGUGUGUUUGAUUAUGUAAUGGUUUGUACAGGACAUCAUCGGUAUCCUCGAAUGCCAAAGUAUAAAGGAAUGGAACAAUUUAAAGGAAAUCAAAUUCAUUCACAUUUUUAUCGAGAACCCACUAAUUAUAAAGAUAAGCGUGUCGUUGUUGUUGGAUGUGGAAAUAGUGCUAUGGACAUUUCCGUGGAAUUGUCAGAAGUAGCAUCGCAAGUUUAUAUUUGUGUUCGUCGAGGAACACUUCCAUGGAUUUUACCAAGACUUGCAAAGGGGAAACCCGUUGAUCACUUCGGUAGUCGGUUCUUUGUCAAUUGGUUGCCACGAUUUAUUCAAAAUUAUAUGACCAAGACUAUGUCGAAAACUAUAGUUGGACUACCACCAGCAGGUCUAGAACCUAAAAUUGAACCAUCUAGUUGUCAUCCGACUAUGAAGACGAAUUUUUACGAACGUAUUUCAACAGGAACACUUAUUGUUAAACCAAACAUCACGCAAUUAAACGAAGAUGGAUCUAUUGAAUUUGUGGAUGGAACUAAAAUUGAGGAUAUUGAUGCAGUGAUUUAUGCUACCGGAUAUCAAAUUGAAUUUCCAUUUUUAGAUAGGGAGAUUGUUUGUGAUAAAGAAGUUUUGGAAGAAUUUGAAGAAGAAUAUAGGGAGAAUUUAGUUUGGUUGUAUAAGAGAAUGUUCCCACCAAAAUAUCCUAAUAUUGCCUUUAUUGGCUUGGUUCAGCUGAUAGGAGCGAUAUUUCCCUUGAGCGAAAUGCAAGCACGUUAUGUUACAAGUCUAAUCAAUGGUUACGUACCAUCGCAUCCGCCGAUUCCCGAAAUGCACAAAGAGAUUCGAAAACGUCAAGAAUUCUUACAAAAAAUUUUUUAUAAUGCAGCAAGACAUACAAUUGAAGGGUUCUUUUUUUCAGAGCUGGAUUAUUUAGCAAAGGAUUUAGGUUGUUAUCCGUAUCCACUACAAAUAAUAAGAAGGUUUGGUCUUUCUUUAUAUUGGAAAAUUCUAUUUGGAAUUCCUAACUCUAUCCAGUAUCGCUUAUUGGGACGACAAUCCUGGGACGGUGCAGCUGAUGCAAUUAGAGUUUAUAAUGAUUGUGAACCAUCCAAGAUAAAAAGAUCAUAA